AUGGCUUUCCAAGUUCCGGUCUCAGGACCUAAUAUUGUGACCGCCACGUCGGAUCUCUUACCUUCGAUGUCGAGGCUAUUGAAUGCGCCUUGGACUAGCUUCGACCGCUCCGUCGCUCAGCGACCCGCUCAGCGCACGCGUAACGGCGUGGAAUCAAAUAUAACCGGUCGGGUUCCGCUGCCUGAAUGUCUUGAUACGGUUUCUCUUGAGGCUUUAAGAUCGGGUGCUAUGCAACGACCUUUGCAACAUGGGCUGUCCCGGGCUCUCUCAAGGGGUAUCGCCCGCCUUUAUCAUACAUCCUCCUUUGCACGACCCUAUUCUACUCUACCCUCAAUCCUGAGUCGACUCCGCCAGGCUCCGAAACCUGACGGUCUGUCAAAGUUUCAACAACAGCGGUUUUUGUUCGGAGGGUCCUCUCAUAACCUGCUGGCACAGAAGGAGAAGACUGCGAACACCAACCCAAGCAGUGCCAGCGCACAGAAUGCUUUUUACCAGUCUCUGCUCAGAGCCAAUAUGCCUGCCAUCAUCGUUGAAAGAUACCGAAGCGGUCAUUUCGCUAGCAACGCGUUGUCCGAGGCAAUCUACUUGAAGGCGCUGCAGCGCGUCGGUGGUGCUGAUUCCGCCGCGGCGGCACACAUCUCAGGCGGAAACGACAACCUCAACACCGAACAAUUGCGGGCCAUCGGUCAGGCAGUUGCAGCUCGAAACCACGGCAGUCAGGUCGGAUUGUCGACGAAGCACACCGGCACUGGAGCCAAGGAGGCUCCUCUGUAUGUCGUCGUCGAAGAGUCUCUUGGUUCCGCCGUCUUCCGCUGGGUCAAGUUCUUGUUUUACUUCGGCUUUUUCACAUAUAUCUCUCUCGUCCUGAUUACUAUCCUCGUCGAAACCACUGGCGUCUUGAAGAACAUGAAGGGAACUCAGAGCAACGAGGCUCAGCCCCAGCAGCAGACCGUCCGUUUCUCCGAUGUGCACGGAUGCGACGAGGCCAAAGAAGAACUCCAGGAACUCGUUGAAUUUCUGCAGAAUCCCGACCGUUUCUCCUCUCUUGGUGGCAAAUUGCCUAAGGGUGUGCUUCUCGUUGGACCUCCUGGUACCGGAAAGACAUUGCUCGCUCGUGCCGUUGCAGGAGAAGCUGGUGUUCCUUUCUUCUACAUGUCUGGCUCGGAAUUCGAUGAAGUCUAUGUGGGCGUUGGCGCCAAGCGUGUCCGUGAGCUCUUUUCGCAGGCCCGAGGCAAGGCACCCGCCAUCAUCUUCAUUGACGAGUUGGACGCCAUUGGUGCUAAGCGGAAUGAACGGGACGCGGCCUAUGUGAAACAGACGCUGAACCAGCUGCUGACGGAACUGGACGGAUUCUCCCAGACCAGCGGGGUCAUCAUCAUCGCUGCUACUAAUUUUCCUCAGCUGCUGGACAAGGCUCUGACACGACCCGGUAGAUUCGACCGCAAGGUGACCGUUGGUCUUCCUGACGUUCGUGGACGGAUGGAUAUCCUGAAGCACCACAUGAAGAAUAUUCAGAUGAGCACCGAUGUGGAUAUUGCAGUUCUUGCACGGGGUACGCCCGGGUUCUCCGGUGCCGAUCUUGAGAACCUUGUCAACCAGGCUGCCAUCUACGCCAGCAGACACAAGAAGACCAAGGUCGGACCCAGGGACCUUGAUUGGGCUAAGGACAAGAUCAUGAUGGGCGCGGAAGCUCGUAGCCGUGUCAUCCAGGACAAGGACAAGGUUCUGACCGCCUAUCAUGAGGCUGGUCACGCCCUCGUUGCUUAUUUCUCCCCAAGCUCCACUCCUCUGUACAAGAUUACGAUUGUGCCCAGAGGAAUGGCGCUGGGUAUCACGCACUUCUUGCCCGAGAUGGAUAUGGUUUCCCGGAAUUACACAGAGUAUCUGGCUGAUAUCGAUGUUUCGAUGGGUGGAAAGGCAGCUGAGGAGCUUAUUUUUGGCCCUGAAAAGGUGACGAGCGGUAUCUCAGCGGAUAUCCAACAAGCCACCGAGACUGCUUUCACCCUUGUCACACGCUUCGGCUACUCGAAGAAGCUCGGCAAUGUCGACCUGUCGUCCAACUACGACAGCCUGUCGUCGGAGACCAAGCAGGAAAUCGAAAGCGAAGUGCGCCGCCUGGUCGAGGAGGCGCGCAUGCGUGCCACCAAGAUCCUCACCGAACGCCGACACGAACUGGAGCUCCUCUCCAAGGCCCUGAUCGAGUACGAGACCCUGACGAAGGAGGAGAUGGAGAAGGUCCUUAGGGGUGAGAAGCUGGACAAGAUGGAAUCCACGCCCUCGGCUCCGCUCAAGCUUCCCGAUGCUCUGCAGGGGGCUACGCUGAACCACCCUGCCACCAAGGCCUCGGAGCCCACGGCGGCGGCCGAGUAA